GAUUUGACUAGAUCAGUAGAUCGCGCGAGCAUGUCUGUCUGCUAUACUCUGCUGUUUCUACUCCUGUAAAUUAACAACAAAUAUUUUACAUUGUUAAGAAAGUGAUUAUCCACUUCGACAAUGAAGUACAACAUUUUAUUCAGUUUCAAAUACCCUCUAAGAAACAAGCAUAUUCAGAAAUGCAUUUUUUCGAGACACGCAUCUACCGGGUUAGGCCUCUGGAAUGAAACUCUCGCCACCGAACAUAAACACGAAAUUGAAAAAUACUGGAAAGACAAAAUUCAUAAGACUGAUGGAGCAUCUGAGAGCAAAGAGAAAUAUUAUGUAUUAUCCAUGUUUCCCUAUCCCUCAGGAUCUCUUCACAUGGGCCAUGUUCGUGUCUAUACCAUAAGUGAUUCUGUUGCACGAUUCCACAGAAUGAAUGGUAAAAAUGUAAUUCACCCAAUGGGAUGGGAUGCAUUUGGAUUACCAGCCGAGAAUGCUGCUAGGGAAAGACAAGUCGAUCCCGCAAAGUGGACACAACUAAAUAUUGAAAAUAUGCGUGAACAGCUAUUGAGAUUAGGUUGCACCUUUGACACUCAUAGCGAGUUUGCUACUUGUGAUCCCGAAUACUAUAGGUGGACUCAAGAACUGUUUCUGAAAUUAUAUGAAAAUGGUUUACUCUACCAGAGAGAGACAUAUGUCAAUUGGGAUCCAAUAGAUCAGACAGUACUCGCUGAUGAGCAAGUCGAUGAAAAUAAUAGAUCCUGGAGAUCUGGUGCUAUUAUUGAGAAGCGGCUACUUAGGCAAUGGUUUGUUAGAACUACAGUAUUCGCAGAAUCACUACUGGAAGGUUUGAAAGAUAAAACUUUAAAAGAAUGGAGGGACAUUAUUAAAAUACAGGAGCACUGGAUUGGGCAAUGUACAGGAACAAAUUUUGAUUUCCAAUUAAUCUCUGAUGUUCCUGGAUAUCCAAAAUCUGUUACUUUGUGGACAGAUAAACCUGAAUAUAUUGAGAAUGCUAAAUUUUUAGCAAUAUCUAGCAAUAGCCUUCUUGCUAAGGUUGAAAAAACUGAAUCUCACAAUUCUUUAAGAAAGUUGAAUGCAAAAGUUGUAAACCCAUUCACAAAUGAGGAAUUACCAAUAUAUGUUACUGAUAAAGAAACUCUUCCAUACCCUGAUUUUAGAGAUGAUUAUCUUGGUAUUCCAUGUUUGUCUGAAGCUGAUAUUGAAUUUUGUAAAUCUACCGGUAUUGACUAUGAGGCAGGGCCAGUUUAUUCAGCUGAAGAAUUAGCAGAAAAACGUUCUGAUAUCCUUAGAAUAGCUAAGGAACGAAAUAUUGGUGGAUACUUGGUCAGUUCAAAGCUAAGAGACUGGCUUAUAUCCAGACAGAGAUAUUGGGGUACACCAAUACCAAUAGUUCACUGUGAUAAAUGUGGUGCUCAACCUGUACCUAGAGAUGAUCUUCCUGUUAAACUUCCGAAAUUGGAUAGAUCGUCGGAAAAUAAAAAUUUGACUUUAAAAGAUGCCAAUGAAUGGCUGAAAACCUCUUGUCCAAAGUGUAAAGGACCAGCUACCAGAGAAACUGAUACUAUGGAUACGUUUGUUGACAGUUCUUGGUACUUCAUGAGGUACAUUGAUCCAAAAAACACUAAGGAAAUGUUCUCCAAAGAAGAGGCCUUCAAAUCCCUACCAGUGGAUCUUUACAUUGGAGGAAAAGAGCAUGCGUCACUGCAUCUGUACUAUGCACGCUUUGUAAAUCACUUUUUGCAUCAUCUCGGACUCGUCCCUACUAGAGAGCCAUUCCGACAACUACUAGUACAAGGCAUGGUGAUGGGCCAGUCUUAUUCCACAAAAGAAGGAAGGUAUCUCCGACCAAGCGAGGUAUUGCUGACAGACGACGGUUACGUAGAGAAAGAGACUCACCUUCCUGUUGUAACAAACUGGGAGAAAAUGUCCAAAUCCAAGUAUAACGGUGUUGAUCCAUCGGAAAUGUUCUCAGAGUACAGUACCGACACUAUCAGGCUACUUAUUUUGGGCGACGUGGCUCCGACUUCGCACAGAAAUUGGUCCCAAGACACCUUCCCGGGAAUCCUAAACUGGCAACGACGACUGUGGCAGACGAUCAGUGAGUUCAUCGCGGCCAGGAAGGAACUUAGCCCAGAAGACCUCAAGAUCCACCACAACGACGAAAAAUUCGUUAAGGAGGACGACUACAUGUUUGACAGUCGAAACUACUACGUCCAUGGCGUAACGUUCAACAUAACAGGUGCCCAGCAGCUAAGCGUUGCCAUCUCCAAAAUGCAAGGUCUGACAAACAGCAUCAGAAAGUCGUCGAAGCUCUGCGUUGCCCGGAGUCGCGAAUACGAGAGAGCUUUAGCUGUGCAAAUUAUAAUGUUAGCGCCUCUGGCACCCCAUUUUGCCUCGGAAUUGUGGGCCGGAUUCUGCUCGGCUCUGCAUAGGCUGUCUAACGAUGGAGAACUGCAGUGGGACAAGGAUGUACUUGAGCAGAGGUGGCCUGCGGUCGAUUUGGAGUACAAGCUGAAGGUUCGCGUUCGGGUGAACAGCAAAGAUUUCACAACUUUGCGAAUUCCGCGCGGACAACUGGACGUAAUGACGGAGAAUGAUAUUCUGGAGGUAGUCACGAAGGACCCCAAGUUCAAGAAGCAUGUCCAAGGCAGAAAAAUCACCAAGUUUAUUUUUCGGUCAGAGAUAGGCUGUGGAGCAAACGUUUCGAUUAAUACGAAGAAAGAAGUCGUUGAAAAUAUUUCGCAAGAAAAGGCGAUUUAGAGUGAUGUAUAGUUUUUAUUUAAUGUUCAUUUUUUUUUAACUAGCUCUAAGUUGUACAGUUGUAAAUAAAUCUAAUAUUUGUUUAUGAA